AUGUUGGACUCAGAAGACUGCACUUUGUCCCUGGAUAACCUGUUCUUUGAGAGGCCAGUUGUCCACAAAGUGUGAGUAGUCAGAAACAACCUGCAUCCCACAGUCAUGCCCCACUAGAUUUGUAUUUAGCUAGGAACUUUGUUCUUGCUGUGUUAAGCUUUGCUUAACCCUUUUCCUGCCCUGGUCCCAUCUCCAGAAAGCCACUUUGUCAAGAGCAGAGUUUUUGGCAGUUGGAACCCCCUCCGUCCCUCUCCCAGAUCCCAGCCACUCAGGACAUCCAGAAAGAGGCAGAGGGUCUUUCAUCAUUCAGUAAGUGACAUUUGAAGUGAUUAAAUCAUUUUAGUAAAUUCAGUCAAUACUGUAAGGGCCAGUUUCCCGGACCCAGACGAAGCCGAGUCCUGGACUAAAAUGCACUUUCAAUGAAAAUUAUUUUUUGAAAAUGAUUUUUAGUUCAAGACUAGGCUUAAUCUGGGUCUUAUUUCAAGUCAUGUCCCUUCCUGUCAAUCAUUACAUUAUCAUGUCGUCUAUCAAAUCCCUUUCUGACCAUCUCCAAUGCAGGUUUCUCUCAGAAGUCCAACAAAUUCCUUCCCCAUUUGAAAAGAGCAGUUGACGGUGAUGGUUUCACACCCAAGAAUACCAAAUUACAUCAGAAUACCAGUGAUGGAGGAAAAGAACCUGAAGCACAGGGCGGGUGUGCCCUUUGGGCUCGGGAAGACUUCAUGAAUAAAUCCCAGGAUACCACAAAGGUCAGCAGAGGUCGAACUAAAACCCCACAGGAUUCUGGUCAUGCACUGGAGCAGCAACAUUUCCCACUGUUCAGCCAAAGCCCACCUCUACGGAGAAGGUAAGCCAUUCAAAUGAAACUAAUGAGUGUGUAUACUGUGCAUUCAGAAUACAUAGUAAAUGUCAGUGUCCCCACCAUGUGUCUUCGUCAGAUACUAUUGAUUUUAGAAUGUAAUGUCGUCUGUGAAGUGAUAAAAUAAAUCAGGAUAAAAUAAAUCAGGAUAAAAUAAAUCAGGAUAAAAUAAAUCGAAUAUUUGGCAAAGCCCUUCUGAAAUGGCACCUUCUUUAUCAAAGACAUGGCUGUACUAGUUACAUCAUGAUAUGUGGGAUAUUACUGUAAGCACUUAUGAUCUCUCUACCUAUAAAUGAAAUAAUCUCUUCGUCGUUACAGUUUGUUCAAACCUCCCAGUGGUCAGGUGUUGAAGAAAAGCGCAAACUCAAACAGAGGCCUCAACCAGGCAAGACCCAGAGUGCAGCAAACUUUCAACCAGGUUUCCAUGGCGACAGAGCCUCGGCUGGCAAACCAGUCGGCAGCAGGCCCCAGCCCCCUCACCAGUCUGAGCCCACCUAAAGCCUGGGGACCACCACAGAAGACACAGGACAAGGGCACCAAGAGGGCUCAUGUUCUCCCCAUGACACCCCAAGCCCUUCACAUACAAAGUGGUACCGCACAGACUGAACCCAACACUAUGUCUGUCUGUAUACACUACCGGUCAAAGGUUUUAGAACAUCUACUCAUUCCAGGGUUUUUCUUUAUUUUUUACUAUUUUCUACAUUGUAGAAUAAUAGUGAAGACAUCAAAACUAUGAAAUAACACAUAUGGAAUCAUGUAGUAACCAAAAAAGUGUUAAACAAAUCAAAAUAUAUUUUAUAUUUGAGAUUCUUCAAAUUAGCCACCCUUUGCCUUGAUGACAGCUUUGCACACUAUUGGCAUUCUCUCAACCAGCUUCAUGAGGAAUGCUUUUCCAACAGUUAUUUACAUUUACAUCAUUUAGCAGACGCUCUUAUCCAGAGUGACUUAGAAAUUGGUGCAUUCAAUUUAUGAUAGCCAGUGGGACAACCACUUUUUAUUUAUUUAAAUGUGUUUAUGGGGGGUGGGGGAAGAAGGAUUACUUUUAUACUAUUCCAGGUAUUCCUUAAAGAGGUAGGGUUUCAAGUGUCUCCGGAAGGUGGUCAGUGACUCCGCUGUCCUGGCGUCGUGGGGGAGCUUGUUCCACCAUUGUUGGCUGCUUUUCCUUCACUCUGCUGUCCGAAUCAUCCCAAACCAUCUCAAUUUGGUUGAGGUCGGGGGAUUGUGGAGGCCAGGUCAGCACUCCAUCACUCUCCUUCUUGGUAAAAUAGCCCUUACAUAGCCUGGAGUUCUGUUGGGUCAUUGUCCUGUUGAAAAACAAAUGAUAGUCCCACUAUGCCCAAACCAGAUGGGAUGGCGUAUCACUGCAGAAUGCUGUGGUAGCCAUGAUGGUUAAGUGUGCCUUGAAUUCUAAAUAAAUCACAGACAGUGUCACCAGCAAAGCACCCCCACACCAUAACACCUCCUCCUCCAUGCUUUACGGUGGGAAAUACACAUGCGGAGAUCAUCCGUUCACCCACACCGCGUCUCACAAAGACACAGCGGUUGGAACUAAAAAUCUCCAAUUUGGACAAAUUUCCACCGGUCUAAUGUCCAUUGCUCGUGUUUCUUGGCCCAAGCAAGUCUCUUCUUAUUAUUGGUGUCCUUUAGUAGUGGUUAACUGUGCCACUAGAGGUUCGAAUCCAGGCUCUGUCGCAGCCGGCCGCGACCGGGAGACUCAUGGGCGGCGCACAAUUGGCCCAGCGUCGUCCAGGGUAGGGGAGGGAAUGGCCGGCAGGGAUGUAGCUCAGUUGAUAGAGCAUGGCGUUUGCAACGGCAGGGUUGUGGGUUUGAUUCCCACGGGGGGGCAGUAUAAAAAAUAAAAAAUAAAUGUAUUCACUAACUGUAAGUCGCUCUGGAUAAGAGCGUCUGCUAAAUGACUAAAAUGUAAAUGUUUCUUUGCAGCAAUCGACCAUGAAGACCUGAACAGUUGAUGUUGAGAUGUGGGUUACUUGAACUCUGUGAAGCAUUUAUUUGGGCUGCAAUUUCUGAGGCUGGUAACUCUAAUGAACUUAUCCUCUGCAGCAGAGGUAACUCUGGGUCUUCCAUUCCUGUGGCGGUCCUCAUGAGAGCCAGUUUCAUCAUAGCGCUUGAUGGUUUUUGCGACUGCACUUAAAGAAAUGUUCAAAGUUCUUGAAAUGUUCCGUAUUGACUGACCUUCAUGUCUCAAAGUAAUGAUGGACUGUUGUUUCUCUUUGCUUAUUUGAGCUGUUCUUGCCAUAAUAUGGACUUGGUCUUUUACCAAAUAGGGCUAUCUUCUGUAUACCCCCCUACCUUGUCACAACACAACUGAUUGGCUCAAAGAAGGAAAGAAAUUCCACAAAUUAACUUUUAAGAAGGCACACCUGUUAAUCGAAAUGCAUUCCAGCUGACUACUUCAUGAAGCUGGUUGAGAGAAUGCCAAGGGUGUGCAAAGCUGUCAUCAAAGCAAAGGUUGCCUAUUUGAAGAAUCUCAAAUAUAAAAUAUAUUUUGAUUUGUUUAACACUUUUUUUGGUUACUACAUGAUUCCAUAUGUGUUAUUUCCUAGUUUUGAUGUCUUCACUAUUAUUCUACGAUGUAGAAAAUAGUACAAAAAAGAACAACUCUUGAAUGAGUAGGUGUUCUAAAACUUUUAACCAGUAGUGUGUGCAUAUAUAUAUAUAUAUAUAUAUAAAUAAAUCACAUACAUAUUGCUAUGAUGAGGUGUUGUAGCUGAAGAAUGUACUCGGAUGUAAUGGUCAUGGCAGCAGCUGUCACUGUUCGUUAGGGCUUGAUGAGGUGAAACGAGGUCAGCACUACCCAAUGCCCUCUUGGCUGUAAUGACACAAAAUUACCACUAGGGGGUGGACAAUAUCUGCAAUUUUGACUGGGGUUGGGUUGCUAAUGUCAGUGUGAAUAUAAAAUGAGUUGUCUAUGGAUUUGUUUUCAUAUUAGGUACUUCUGGGCCUGGGAUACUCCGACCAAUCUCUGAAAUCCGUAUCCUUUCGGAUCUGUUUUAUCAUUAGUAAUAACGCUUGGAAUGAAAAGUUAAUGAAUGCUUGAUUGAUGCAUGCUUGAUGAUGACUACAUGAAAUCUAAGAAACAAUUGUGGGUUGUUUGUUGGGUGUCCUUAAUCAAACGAACACAGCUGCUAAAUUUAGAUCCGUCUUCAAAGAGUUCCCUUACUUCAACUACGUUCAAUCAAAAGCCCUAGAUGAUGUAAGUGCUCCAAUGUACAUGUCAUCCAAUUCAGAACCUUAACAGCAAAACAGUAUCCUUGAGACAUUUUUAUGAACAACGUAUGUUUUGCAGGUUCUAUACACGGGUAAGAACUUUGUGGCUUGUGCUCCUACGGGCUCUGGUAAGACUGUGCUUUUUGAGUUGGCCAUCAUCCGCUUACUGAUGGAGACCACAGAUCCCUUGAGAAACAUCAAAGCUGUGUACAGUAAGACCCUCCAAUUACAGUACUUAGGAUCCUUCUCAAAAGCACUAGGUAAAAAGUACUAAGACAUUAAGAGCUGAUUCAUGCUUACAGUAUGGGUUAGCCUGUAUGCAGUCUUGAUAUCUGGUUUGUUGCUUACAUGUUGUAAGUAAUUUAUGACCUGAUUACACCCAUACAUUCUAAGAGUUCAAAAUGUAUAUUGAUAACAUUUAUAAAAUGAAAACUGUAUGACAAGAUGCAUUGAUUGUGAAUGCUUCUGUCGUCUUCAGUGGCCCCCAUCAAAGCUUUAUGCAGUCAGCGCUUUGAGGACUGGAAGAAGAAAUUUGGGCCUCUGGGCCUGAGCUGCAAGGAGCUGACCGGAGACACGGAGAUCGACGACUUCUUUGAGAUUCAGGACGCCCAUAUCAUCAUGACCACACCUGUGAGUGACACUGUAUCCCAGUGUACAGUAUACUGUAUGUCGCAUAGCCUAUCACUGGCAAACAUUUUAUUUGUGUGUAAUAUGUAGUGCAAUGAGGUAGCUGAUCCUGUGACCAUAGCAACCAUCCAUUAAAAAAGAGGCAGACAUGAUUUCCAUGUUGCAAUAGGGGUUUGUUAGUGAUGCGAGGAUGGAGAAAUUCAGUUGUGUCAAGAGAAUUCAUGAGAAAGUUAAUAAAAAACCCACAUUAACUGUCCAACUGUUAAUGUAGCCAUUUCCUGCUGUCAAAUGACCUAGUGGCCUCAUGGAUGGAAUGUUAUUUAAUAUUUUUCAUAAUUAAUCAACUUUAUAUUUUCAAACCAGACGAUUCUUUAAAAAAAAUUUUAAAAAUAUAUUUAACCUUUAUUUAACCAGGUAAGCCAGUUGAGAACAAGUUCUCAUUUACAACUGCGACCUGGCCAAGAUAAAGCAAAGCAGUGCGAUUAAAAACAACAACAACACAGAGUUACAUAUGGAAUAAACAAAACGUACAGUCAAUAACACAAUAGAAAAUCUAUAUACAGUGUGUGUGUAAGUUAUGGAGGUAAGGCAAUAAAUAGGCCAUAGUGCAAAAUAAUUAAAAUGUAGUAUUAACACUGGAAUGAUAGAAGAUGAUGUGCAAACAGAGAUACUGGGGUGCAAAUGAGCAAAAUAAAUAACAUUAUGGGGAUGAGGUAGUUGGGUGGGCUAAUUACAGAUGGGCUGUGUACAGGUGCAGUUAUCGGUAAGCUGCUCUGACAACUGAUGCUUAAAGUUAGUGAGGGAGAUAAGUGUCUCCAGCUUCAGAGAUUUUUGCAGUUUGUUCCAGUCAUUGGCAGCAGAGAACUGGAAGGAAUGGCUGCCAAAGGAGGUGUUGGCUUUGGGGAUGACCAGUGAGAUAUACCUGCUGGAGCGCAGACUACGGGUGGGUGUUGCUAUGGUGACCAAUGAGCUAAGCUACGGCAGGGAUUUGCCUAGCAGUGAUUUAUAGAUGACCUGGAGCAAGUGGGUUUAGCGACGAAUAUGUAGUGAGGGCCAGCCAACGAGAGCGUAUAGGUCACAAUGGUGGGUAGUAUAUGGGGCUUUGGUGACAAAACGGAUGGCACUGUGAUAGACUACAUCCAAUUUGCUGAGUAGAGUGUUGGAGGCUAUUUUGUAAAUGACAUCGCCGAAGUCAAGGAUCGGUAGGAUAGUCCGUUUUACGAGGGCAUGUUUGGCAGCAUGAGUGAAGGAGGCUUUGUUGCGAAAUAGGAAGCCGAUUCUAGAUUUAACUUUGGAUUGGAGAUGCUUAAUGUGAGUCUGGAAGGAGAGUUUACGGUCUAACCAGACACCUAGGUAUUUGUAGUUGUCUACAUAUUCUAAGUCAGACCCGCCGAGAGUAGUGAUUCUAGUCGGGCGGGCGGGUGCAAGCAGUAUUCGAUUGAAGAGCAUGCAUUUAGUUUUACUAGCGUUUAAGAGCAGUUGGAGGCUACGGAAGAAGUGCUGUAUGGCAUUGAAGCUCGAUUGGAGGUUUGUUAACACAGUCUCCAAUGAAGGGCCAGAUGUAUACAAAAUGGUGUCGUCUGCGUAGAGGUGGAUCAGCAGCAAGAGCGACAUCAUUGAUAUACACAGAGAAUAGAGUCGGCCCGAGAAUUGAACCCUGUGGCACCCCCAUAGAGACUGCCAGAGGUCCAGACAACAGGCCCUCCGAUUUGACACAUUGAACUCUAUCUGAGAAGUAGUUGGUGAACCAGACGAGGCAGUCAUUUGAGAAACCAAGGCUAUUUAGUCUGCCAAUAAGAAUGCGGUGAUUGACGGAGUCGAAAGCCUUGGCCAGGUCGAUGAAGACGGCUGCACAGUACUGUCUUUUAUCGAUCGCGGUUAUAAUAUCGUUUAGGACCUUGAAAGUGGCUGAGGUGCACCCAUGACCAGCUCGGAAACCAGAUUGCAUAGCGGAGAAGGUACGGUGGGAUUCGAAAUGGUCGGUGAUCUGUUUGUUAACUUGGCUUUCAAAUACUUUCGAAAGGCAGGGCAGGAUUGAUAUAGGUCUCUAACAGUUUGGAUCUAGAGUGUCACCCCCUUUGAAGGGGGGGAUGACCGCAGCAGCUUUCCAAUCUCUGGGGAUCUCAGACGAUACGAAAGAGAGGUUGAACAGGCUGGUAAUAGGGGUUGCGAUAAUUUCGGUGACUAAUUUUAGAAAGAAAGGGUCCAGAUUGUCUAGCCCAGCUGAUUUUUAGGGGUCCAGAUUUUGCAGCUCUUUCAGAACAUCAACUAUCUGAAUUUGGAUCAAUCAAUCAAUCAAUUUUAUUUUAUAUAGCCCUUCUUACAUCAGCUAAUAUCUCGAAGUGCUGUACAGAAACCCAGCCUAAAACCCCAAACAGCUAGUAAUGCAGGUGUAGAAGCACGGUGGCUAGGAAAAACUCCCUAGAAAGGCAAAACCUAGGAAGAAACCUAGAGAGGAACCAGGCUAUGAGGGGUGGCCAGUCCUCUUCUGGCUGUGCCGGGUGGAGAUUAUAACAGAACCAUGCCAAGAUGUUCAAAAAUGUUCAUAAGUGACAAGCAUGGUCAAAUAAUAAUCAGGAAUAAAUCUCAGUUGGCUUUUCAUAGCCGAUCAUUAAGAGUUGAAAACAGCAGGUCUGGGACAGGUAGGGGUUCCAUAACCGCAGGCAGAACAGUUUAAACUGGAAUAGCAGCAAGGCCAGGCGGACUGGGGACAGCAAGGAGUCACCACGGCCGGUAGUCCCGACGUAUGGUCCUAGGGCUCAGGUCUCUCAGUUGGCUUUUCAUAGCCGAUCAUUAAGAGUUGAAAACAGCAGGUCUGGGACAGGUAGGGGUUUCGUAGCCGCAGGCAGAACAGUUGAAACUGGAAUAGCAGCAAGGCCAGGCGGACUGGGGACAGCAAGGUGUCAUCAUGCCCGGUAGUCCUGACGUAUGGUCCUAGGGCUCAGGUUCUCAGAGAGAAAGAGAGAACGAGAGAAUUAGAGAGAGCAUACUUAAAUUCACACAGGACACUGGAUAAGACAGGAGAAGUACUCCAGGUAUAACCAACUAACCCCAGCCCCCCGACACAUAAACUACUGCAGCAUAAAUACUGGAGGCUGAGACAGGAGCGGUCCGGAGACACUGUGGCCCCAUCCGAAGAAACCCCCGGACAGGGCCAAACAGGAAGGAUAUAACCCCACCCACUCCGCCAAAGCACAGCCCCCGCACCACUAGAGGGAUAUCCCCAACCACCAACUUACAAUCCUGAGACAAGGCCGAGUAUAGCCCACAGAGGUCUCCACCACAGCACAAACCAAGGGGGGGGCGCCAACCCAGACAGGAAGAUCACGUCAGUAACUCAACCCACUCAAGUGACGGAUGAAGGAGAAGUGGGGGGGGCAUGGGCAAAUUGCAGCGGAGGAUGCAGAGCUGGUGGCCCGGGGUAGGGGUAGCCAGGUGGAAAGCAUGGCCAGCCAUAGCAAAAUGCUUGUUGAAAUUUUUGAUUAUCGUAAAUGUAUUGGUAGUGACAGUGUUUCCUAGCCUCAGUGUAGUGGGCAGCUGGGAGGAGGUGCUCUUUUUCUCCAUGGACUUUACAGUGUCCCAAAACCUUUUGGAGUUAGUGCUACAGGAUGCACAUUUCUGUUUGAAAAAGCUAGCCUUUGCUUUCCUAACUGAUUGUGUAUAUUGGUUCCUGACUUCCAAUGUUUCUAUGUCAAACGGUUUUGUUAUAUUUCAGUCUUCUGUGAUGUACAGUACCAGUCAAAAGUUUGGACACACCUACUCAUUCCAAGUUUUUUCUUUAUUUUUUACUAUUUUCUCCAUUGUCGAAUAAUAGUGAAGACAUCACAACUAUAAAAUAACACAUAUGGAAUCAUGUAGUAACCAAAAAAGUGUUUAAAAAAUCAAAAUAUAUUUUAGAUUUUAGAUUCUUCAAAGUAGCCAGCCUUUGUCUUGAUGACAGCUUUGCACACUCUUGGCAUUCUCUCAACCAGCUUCAUGAGGUAUUCACCUGGCAUGCAUUUCAAUUAACAGGUGUGCCUUCUUAAAAGUUAAGUUGUGGAAUUUCUUUCCUUCUUAAUGCGUUUGAGCCAGUCAGUUGUGUUGUGACAUGGUAGGGGGGGUAUAGAGAAGAUAGCCCUAUUUGGUAAAAGACGAAGUCCAUAUUAUGGCAAGAACAGAUCAAAUAAGCAAAGAGAAACGACAGUCCAUCAUAAUACAUGAAGGUCGGUCAAUCUGGAAAAUUUCAAGAACUUUUAAAGUUUCUUCAAGUGCAGUCGCAAAAACAAUCAAGCGCUAUGAUGAAACUGGCUCUUAUGAGGGCCGCCACAGGAAAGGAAGACCCAGAGUUACCUCUGCUGCAGAGGACAAGUUCAUUAGAGUUACCAGCCUGAGAAAUUGCAGCCCAAAUAAAUGCUUCACAGAGUUCAAGUAACAGACACAUCUCAACAUCAACUGUUCAGUGGAGACUGCGUGAAUCAGGCCUUCAUGGUCGAAUUGCUGCAAAGAAACCACUACUAAAGGACACCAAUAAUAAGAAGAGACUUGCUUGGGCCAAGAAACACGAUCAAUGGACAUUAGACCGGUGGAAAUCUGUCCUUUGGUCUGAUGAGUCCAAAUUUGAGAUUUUUGGUUCCAACCGCUGUGUCUUUGUGAGACGCAGAGUAGGUGAACAGAUGAUCUCCACGUGUGGUUCCCACCGUGAAGCAUGGAGGAGGAGGUGUGAUGGUGCUUUGCUGGUGACACUGUCUGUGAUUUAUUUAGAAUUCAAGACACAAUUAGCCAGCAUGGCUACCACGGCAUUCUGCAGCGAUACGCCAUCCCAUCUGGUUUGCGCUUAGUGGGACUAUCAUUUGUUUUUCAACAGGACAAUGACCCAACACACCUCCAGGCUGUGUAAGGGCUAUUUGACCAAGAAGGAGAGUGAUGGAGUGCUGCAUCUGAUGACCUGGCCUCCACAAUCACCCGACCUCAACCCAGUUGAGAUGGUUUGGGAUGAGUUGCACCGCAGAGUGAAGGAAAAGCAGCCAACGAGUGCUCAGCACAUGUGGGAACUCCUUCAAGACUGUUGGAAAAGCAUUCCAGGUGAAGCUGGUUGAGAGAAUGCCAAGAGUGUGCAAAGCUGUCAUCAAGGCAAAGGGUUUUUGUACUCCUGAGUGGCGCAGUGGUCUAAGGCACUGCAUCGCAGUGCUAGCUGUGCCUCUAGAGAUCCUGGUUCGAAUCCAGGCUCUGUCGCAGCCGGCCGCGACCAGGAGACUCAUGGGCGGCGCACAAUUGGCCCAGCGUCGUCCAGGGUAGGGGAGGGAAUGGCCGGCAGGGAUGUAGCUCAGUUGAUAGAGCAUGGCGUUUGCAAUGCCAGGGUUGUGGGUUCGAUUCCCACGGGGGGCCAGUAUAAAAAAUAUAUAUAUAUGUAUUAACUAACUGUAAGUCGCUCUGGAUAAGAGCGUCUGCUAAAUGACUAAAAUGUAAAUGUAAAAUGGGUGGCUACUUUGAAGAAUCUAAAAUCUAAAAUAUAUUUAUAUUUUUUAAACACUUCUUUUGUUACUACAUGAUUCCAUGUGUUAUUUCAUUGUUUUGAUGUCUUCACUAUUAUUCUACAAUGUAGAAAAUAGUACAAAAUAAAGAAAAACCGUUGAAUGAGUAGGUGUGUCAAAACGUUUGACUGGUACUGUAUAUAAGGUGUAAUAUUGGGAUGCAAACUCAACAAUUAAUACAUUUCAACUCUAUAUCUGACAUGGUACAGGUGUCUUCUUUUUUUAAGCCCAUAACAAUGUGUGAGGUCUAUACUUUUGUUUCAAAGUAGAUUUGUUUAAGACUACCAAGAAACACUGUGUGACCCAGAUUUAGCCCACUGCAGUAAAAGGUUAACACUUUAUUAACCAGUUCAUGAUAAAGCACACACACAUUUCUGUUUCUCCCAGGAAAAAUGGGACAGCAUGACGAGGAAGUGGAGGGAUAACUGCCUGCUGCAGUUGGUCCGGCUGUUCCUUAUUGACGAGGUCAGUGGAUACGUUUAAGUAUUUGAUGUUCUGUUCAAAAUUCCCUCAGGUAGGACUGCAACCAUAUACUGUGUUUGACCAAAUAACACUCUGAAACCGCUUGGCUAGAGUGAAACAUUCUUUCCCAGAUUGUGAUCUAUAGAGGGCUUGUUGGAAGACCAAAAUCAGUCUGAUGUAAGUCCUCCAAUCGUCCACAUGUCUGGCUGAGUUUUGCUACCACCGGAAACUUCGGGAAUAUUGCCCGUUAUUUCGUUUAUCCAAGGACCCAGAAAACGGAGGCAGUGGGAGAACCUAUUCAAGUACGUUAAGUAAAUAUAUUUCGAAAAUAUUCAAAAACUAUGUAUUAUUAGCUAGCUUGCGCCAGAAACUUAGUGUGCAGGGUAACUCAAAUGAGCUGCUAACGUAAUGUUCUCUAGUUAGAUAACUUUACUUACUGUAUAGGUAGCUAAGUGAAUUAAAUAUCACCAGCAUGCUAACUUCAUAUUAGCUAGUUAGCCAGCUAUCGUGAUGUAUUUGUCGUUGUGACUAUAAAUGUAUUUGUAGCUAGGUAGCUAGCCAACAGCCAUGGAAGAGGGUGAAAGGAUUAGCUAUCAGUUCCAGCUGUCAGAUAAGGGAGAGUAGGCUACUCUGGAUAGGGCAGGUACAUUUGUGAGCAGACAUCAUGAAAACAUUCUCAAAUUCCAGUCCCUAGCGAGAAAACGGAGGACAGAGAGAGAUAUCAACAUAAUAUUCAGUGCUGUCUAAUUGGAGUAUAAUGCAGCCUGUUUCUUUGUAAUGUUUUCUGUCCUCAGGUACAGAGAGCUGUGAAACCCUGUCUGCAGAUGAAGAGGUCCCAAUUAAUGCCCCAAGAGAAUAAGGGUACAUCCUUGUAUACCAUUGAUUAUAAGUGUACCUAUGUUAGCAAAUGUAGUUAACAAAAAUACCAUUUAAAAGUUAGACACAAUGUAUAAACCUAUUACAACUGGAGCAGGCCAACCCUGCUGGGUGUGCAGGCUUCUGUUCCAGCCCAGCACUAACACACCUGAUUCAAUGUAUCAAACCUAAUUAGUUAAUAAUCAGGUGUGCUACUGUUGGGCUGGAACAGAAGUCUGCUCCCCUAUAGAUCAGGGAUCAGUGGAGCGAGGUUGGCCACCUCUGGUAUCGACUUUUUUUUGUUCACCUGAAAUGAUGCUUUAGUAAUGAUAGCCUACUUGUUACUAAAAUGUCAUACCUUUACAUAUGAGUUAUCUUACUUGUACACUUUGAAAUUAUAUGAAAUAGUGUUAUAAAGAUCCUGAAAUAAAGAGGGGAAGGGAAUAUUUCGCUAAUUUGUCUGUGUUUGUGUUGUAUUCUCAAAUGAACAUUACCUUUUUGUUCAGUCAUUAGCUCUCCAAUUAGUUUUAUUUGGGUGAAACUAUUUUUUCAGGAUAUCAGCCAUGUGAACCCAUUUUGCAGCUGAUAAUGGCAUGCAGUGCCAAUGCAGCCAUAGGCCUACAGCAGUGCUUCCCAACUCCAGUCCUCCAGUACCCCCAACAACACAUAUUCUUGCCGGACAAACAUACCUGAUUCAACUCAUAGGGCCUGAUGAUUAGUUGACAAGUUGAAAUAGGUGUGUUUGUCCAGGGCUACAAUGUCUGUAAGCAGGAGAUGAUGGGAUCCUUCGCUUAAAACAUAAACACAACUACUACCACCAAGUUCAAUGCCAGAUACUUUUCUCCCAGAAGGUCUGAGUUGCACUAGACUACCACAACAAUUACAUUGUCUAUGCUAAAUGUGUUUAAAUUGUAAAAUAAAGAAAAUAGUUGGGCUAUAAGAAAUACUUUUUUAUUCAAUGGGGCUAGGCAAAGCAGAGAUGACAAUACGUUUCAUUUCACCCAUACAACAAUAUAGCCAUUUAUUAAAGUACAGUAUGUUUACAAUAUCAUAAACAAUAGUCUUUUACACGUUCCAAAUUAGAUUUGAUAUAUUCAUACGGUCUAAGGGGGCACUUUUGUCAUGACGACAUGAAGGUGCUCUCUACUCAAAUGGCACAACAGAAUCAUUGUGAUUGUCCAAAGCACAGCAUAUGACAACCAUCUCGUAUAACUGAGGGAUGUCUCCUAAGGAAGAAGUAGUAGAAGUAGAAACUGACGCUGCUGCAGCAUUGCUCAUCUUCACAGUGGGAAUCCAGUUGAAAUGGUUGUCUUGAUAGAGGUCAGCUGGUGAACCUACAGUAGUACAUAAACAAAGCACACCUGAUGUUAGAAUAGCACUGAUUUAGGUCACCUAUACCAUCAGGGCUCUUAAUUGUUUGUUUGUGUUUAAUUCAUUCAGGUGAUUUAGUGUCAUAUAAAGAUUACAUCUAUUGUUGGGCUGGAAGAACCAAUAGUCAACACAGCAGGUUGUCCUAUCCCAUUGAGGCUUUGUCCUAUGCUGUAAUGUCCAUACAUUUUCUCUCCUCUUAUGAAUAACGUUCUCAACAAAUUAUCAUCGGGUUAUCAUAUGAAUAUAUAAUAACCACUGGAGUUUUUUGGGACAAUAAUGUCCUCCAGGCUAUAUGGACGUCAUAUUGUACAAUUUGCGUCUCCCCUUUUCAUGGUCAGGGCUAGAAGGGGUCCACCAUUUGUCGAGUUAAUGUCAUAUUCUAGAUUACAUGGUUGCAUUCAAGACAAGGUCGUUUUUAUUGAUCUGUUGUCAGUGUCAGUAGAGUAGGCCAUCGUAUGAAAAAAAUAUUCUGAUAAUGUGUUCAGUCAUAUAAAGUGUAGUAGAAUUGCAUCAAAUGUUUAUCAAAGGCCACAUUUUUACAGUGGAAUGGAAAUAAACGUCUAUAAGCCUAUGCCAGUACACGCUUAUUAAUAGCCUAAAUUAUCACUAUCCAAUCUACUCAUCACAUUAGGAAUAGUAGCGUAACGACCCUGGGUUUAUAAGCGCGAAUAUCGACUCUGCCACGGGAGCAUGCUUUUGGGGCACAGUCGAUGGCGCGCUGGAUUUUGGCCUAGAAGGUUGAGGGUUCGAGAUCUGCUCCCUGCCUGUUUCAUUACAGUAGGCUUACGUUAGUCUGCAAAUGCGAUGCUAGGGACAUGCAAUCAUUUGUUAUAAAGGUGCCUUUUUAUGGUGAAAAAAUUGCUUCCCCAAAACUUGAAACUCACUCGACACAUGCUAAUAGCUAGACUACAAGCUAUCUAGCUAGCUACUUUUGGCUAACUUAGUGUUGUUGUUAACACCUGGUUAGCAUAACAGCUAAACUAAACUCGAAAUUGAUCAGACUUGAUUUACUAGUGAUGAAAUGAUCGUAGCAGACCCUGUACUGAGAGCUGUCUGGGUUCAGGUCUUGAAGAACAAAAAGUUUUCUUCGCUUUUCUGACAGUUCUUGACUCUUAUCUCAUUGGUGUAACCAAUGGUGUUUCAUGAUUGCGGGGAAUCUGUAAACAUAGUUUUUCCCGGUUGUCUUUCCUGCCUUGUUAGAGCAGCCAACUAAUCCACCCAAAAUUACUGUGGUGUUGAAUCAACUAGUUUUAGCACUGUUAUCAUGCAGUUAGGGCUCCUGAGUGGCGCAGCUGUCUAAGGCACUGCAUCUCAGUGCUAGAGGCGUCAAUGCAGAUCCUGGUUCGAUCUCAACCGGCCGUGAUUGGGAAUCCCAUAGGGCAGCGCACAAUUUGCCCAUCGUCGUUAGGGGAGGCCGGGUAGGCCGUCAUUGUAAAUAAGAAUUUGUUAUUGCCUAGUUAAAUAAAGGUCAAAUAAAACGUUUGGGGUAGCAACGCAGCUGUUGUUGUUGGAAGAAUGAAUGCGUUGGUCUUCCAACAUGGCCGCCAGGAGGCGUCGUACGUCAACUGCAAGCUCUCUAUUGUGUGGCCUGUGUGGUCCAGCGGUUCAAGCUACGGACCCCGGCACACAUGUACAGCCUAGGCUACCAGAGUCGGCAUGGGUUCGAGUCCGAUCCACUGCCCCUUUGACUCGCAAUCUCUCUACCUUUACUGUCUCCUCUUCACUGUCCUAUAAAAACAUUUAAGAUAAAGAUUGUGAUCUAUUGUUUUUUGAUUUGUCAUUGUACUUAGUAGUGCAUAUCUGUCUAUUUAAUAUGUUAUACAUGUGUUAUAUUGACAACUAAAUAUAAUCCAUCUUGGCUCUGUGUUUCUAGGUCCACGUGGUGAAGGACCCUAUGCGUGGAGCAACACUAGAGGUGGUGGUGAGCAGGAUGAAGGCGGUCCAUGCCUACCGUGCAGCACAGAACCCCCAGGAGGACCUCUCCAUGAGAUUUGUGGCUGUCUCUGCCACCAUCCCCAAUAUCAAGGAUGUAAGUGGCUGAGGGUCAAAGAGGGGUGAUAUCACACUUUGGCCAUAUGCAAAUGCUCUAAAGAGGCUUCCUUCACUAUAGUCAUUCUUUCCCUUUCUGUUCGUCAUUGCCAUUCUGACACAUGCAUCUCCAUGUCUUGUUAUGUUGUUAUAAUGUCUGCAGUCUUGUCUCCUUCAGAAAGAGUAAGGGAAUAGUAAAUAGGGAAGGAGGGGAGAAGGCAGCUCGAUAGUAUUGCUAUUUACGGAUUAUCAUUACGGAUUAUCAUUAAACAGAGCAUUUAUUUGAAGAAAUUACUGCUUACUGUGUUCAAUGGUUUGACAUGGCAGAUCGCAGACUGGCUGUGUGACGACGGAGACCCUGCUACUUGUCUGGAGAUGGAUGAGAGUCACAGACCGGUGAAGCUGAGGAAGGUAGUGCUGGGUUUCCCCUGCAGCAGCAACCAGAAUGAGUUCAAGUUCGACCUGUCACUCAACUACAAGAUGGCCAAUAUCAUCCAGACCUAUUCAGACCAGAAACCAACACUUGUUGUGAGGAACUCUCUUUGGGUCUCUGAAAUGUAGACUUGACCAGCACCAUAUUAAUACGUUUCAGUAAGUAUUGCCAUUGUUAAUAGUUCACACAUGGGAUUUAUUUUUAAACAGUUUUGUUCAACAAGGAAAGGAGUCCAGCAGUCAGCCACUGUUCUGGCCAAGGAUGCCAGGUUCAUCAUGAGUAUUGAGCACAAACAAAGGUUGAGCUACUUCCCUUUUCAUUCUUUACAGAUGUACAGGUAUUCAAUACAAAUGUCUUGCUGUUUAGUUUGAUCUGAUUUAAUCGAUGGAAUCCUCUGUUUGCAGGUUGAUGAAGUAUGCAAACUCUCUCCUGGACUCAAAACUCAGAGGUCGGUGGAGAAUUUAUAAUAAUUUACAGUGGGGAAAAAAAGUAUUUCGUCAGCCACCAAUUGUGCAAGUUCUCCCACUUAAAAAGAUGAGAGAGGCCUGUAAUUUUCAUCAUAGGUACACGUCAACUAUGACAGACAAAAUGAGGAAAGAAAAUCCAGAAAAUCACAUUGUAGGAUUUUUAAUGAAUGUAUUUGCAAAUUAUGGUGGAAAAUAAGUAUUUGGUCAAUAACAAACGUUUCUCAAUACUUUGUUAUAUACCCUUUGUUGGCAAUGACACAGGUCAAACGUUUUCUGUAAGUCUUCACAAGGUUUUCACACACUGUUGCUGGUAUUUUGGCCCAUUCCUCCAUGCAGAUCUCCUCUAGAGCAGUGAUGUUUUUGGGCUGUCGCUGGGCAACACGGACUUUCAACUCCCUCCAAAGAUUUUCUAUGGGGUUGAGAUCUGGAGACUGGCUAGGCCACUCCAGGACCUUGAAAUGCUUCUUACGAAGCCACUCCUUCGUUGCCCGGGCGGUGUGUUUGGGAUCAUUGUCAUGCUGAAAGACCCAGCCACGUUUCAUCUUCAAUGCCCUUGCUGAUGGAAGGAGGUUUUCACUCAAAAUCUCACGACACAUGGCCCCAUUCAUUCUUUCCUUUACACGGAUCAGUCGUCCUGGUCCCUUUGCAGAAAAACAGCCCCAAAGCAUGAUGUUUCCACCCCCAUGCUUCACAGUAGGUAUGGUGUUCUUUGGAUGCAACUCAGCAUUCUUUGUCCUCCAAACACGACGAGUUGAGUUUUUACCAAAAGGUUCUAUUUUGGUUUCAUCUGACCAUAUGAAAUUCUCCCAAUCCUCUUCUGGAUCAUCCAAAUGCACUCUAGCAAACUUCAGACGGGCCUGGACAUGUACUGGCUUAAGCAGGGGGACACGUCUGGCACUGCAGGAUUUGAGUCCCUGGCGGCGUAGUGUGUUACUGAUGGUAGGCUUUGUUACUUUGGUCCCAGCUCUCUGCAGGUCAUUCACUAGGUCCCCCCGUGUGGUUCUGGGAUUAUUGCUCACCGUUCUUGUGAUCAUUUUGACCCCACGGGGUGAGGUCUUGCGUGGAGCCCCAGAUCGAGGGAGAUUAUCAGUGGUCUUGUAUGUCUUCCAUUUCCUAAUAAUUGCUCCCACAGUUGAUUUCUUCAAACCAAGCUGCUUACCUAUUGCAGAUUCAGUCUUACCUAUGAUGAAAAUUACAGGCCUCUCUCAUCUUUUUAAGUGGGAGAACUUGCACAAUUGGUGGCUGACUAAAUACCUUUUCCCCCCACUGUAUAUUCCUUCUCUUCUGUACCAUGUAGUCAAACAUUGCUCAUUUAUUUGAAUAUAACUAUUUUUGUAUUAGAAUGUGAAAUUACUAGCCCAGUGUUUUCUCUUUUCCAGACUUGGUGUCGUUUGGGGUUGGUUUCCACCACGCCGGAGUUGACGUGUCAGACAGGAAGGGGAUCGAGGAGGCCUUCACCAUGGGAGACCUGCCUGUGCUGUGUGAGUAUCUGGGUCGUUCCACGAAUAGAGUACAUUUUGCGUCCCUUUGAUAUUUUAAGUAGAAAUUGUGCACCAAUAUUUAAUUUUAAUAGCCUGUUAUAUUAAAGUGCCCUUAAAUAUAGGCCAAAUGGAAAAUUCAAUAAAUCAGAUUUUUUAUAUAAAUAAAUCCUUGCUAAGGUGCCAAAAAUUAGCAUUUUGACAUGUCCUUUGUCAUGUUUUUCCGACUUCUAGGAUGAUUUGAACCCACUUUACCCCUAAAAUGUAUUUUUCACAAUAAUUGUAAAGCCCUAGUUAUGUUUUUGCUUUAAUAAAAUCAUUUCUGAACAUUAUUAUUAAUUCAUGUGAUUAAUGAUUCAUUUACGUCUGUCCCUCAUUUUAAGGUCAACCCUGUUACGUGAACUGAACUCUCUUUUUAAUAUGGUGAAACUAUUACUUUUAAAAUUAUUAUUUUUAAGAAAGUGCCUUCAGAAAGUAUUCACAUCCCUUGACUUUUUCCACAUUUUGUUGUCUUACAGCCUGAAUUUAAAAUUGAUUACAUUUAGAUAUUUUCACUGGCCUACACACAAUACCCCAUAAUAUCAAAGUGGAUUUAUGUUUAGAUUUUAUUUUAUUUUUACAAAUUAAUAAAAAAUGAAAAGCUGAAAUGUCUUGAGUCGAUAAGUAUUCAACCCCUUUGCUGUGGCAAACAAUUAAGUUCAGGAGUAAAAAUGUGCUUAACAAGUCACAUAAUAAGUUGCAUGGACUCACUCUGUGUUCAAUAAUAGUGUUUAACAUCAUAUUUAAAUGGCUACCCCAUCUCUGUACCCCACACACACAAUUAUCUGUAAGGUCCCUCAGUCGAGCAGUGAAUUUCAAACACAGAUUCAACCACAAAGACCAAAUCAAAUCAAAUCAAGGAAGGUUUUCCAAUGCCUCGCAAAGAAGGGCACCUCUUGGCAGAUGGGUAAAAAUGUAAAAAGCAGACAUUGAAUAUCUCUUUGAGCAUGGUGAAGUUAUUAAUCACACUUUGGAUGGUGUAUCAAUACACCCAGUCACUACAAAGAUACAGGCGUCCUUCCUAACAUGGAUUUCACCAUGAGGCCAAUGGGGACUUUAAAACAGUUACAGAGUUUAAUGGUUGUGAUAAGAGAAAACUGAGGAUGGAUCAACAAUAUUGUAGUUACUCCACAAAACGAAUCUAAUUGACAGAGUGAAAAGAAGGAAGCCUGUACAGAAUAUAAAUAUUCCAAAGCAUGCAUCCUGUUUGCAACAAGGCAGUGAAGUAAUACUGCAAAAAAUGUGGCAAAGCAAUUAACUUUUUGUCCUGAAUACAAAGUGUUAAGUUUGGGGCAAAUUCAAUACAACGCAUUACUGAGUACCACUCUCCAUAUUUUCAAGCAUAGUGGUGGCUGCAUCAUGUUAUGGUUAUGCUUGUAAUCGUUAAGGACUGGAGAGUUUUUCAGGAUAAAAAAUAAACGGAAUGAAGCUAAGCACAGGCAAAAUCCUAGAGGAAAACCUGGUUCAGUCUACUUUCCACCAGACACUGGGAGAAGAAUUCACCUUUCAGCAGGACAAUAACCUAAAACACAAGGCCAACUCUACACUGGAGUUGCUUACCAAGAAGACAGUGAAUGUUCCUGAGUGGCCGAGUUACAGUUUUGACUUAAAUCUGCUUGAAAAUCUAUGGCAAGACUUGAAAACGGUUGUCUAGCAAUGAUCAACAACCAAUUUGGCAGAGCUUGAAGAAUUUAGAAAACAAUUAUGGCCAGAUAUUGUACAAUCCAGGUGUGGAAAGCUCUUAUUAGAGACUUACCCAGAAAGACUCACAGCUGUAAUCACUGCCAAAGGUGAUUCUAACAUGUAUUGACGCAGGGGUGUGAAUACUUAUGUAAAUGAAAUAUUUCUAUAUUUAAUGUUCAAUACAUUUGCAUACAUUUCAAAAAACGUUUUCACUUUCUCAUUAUGGGGUAUUGUGUGUAGAUGGGUGAGAAAAAACAUAUAUUUAAUCUAUUUUGAAUUCAGGCUGUAACACAUGAAAAUGUGGAAUAAGUCCAGGGGUAUGAAUACACAGUAUAAAAGCAGGUGAGCUGGUUCUACUCUUUUUGUCAAUUUUCUGGUGUUUUGUGGUGGAAAACUGAGCACGUCGAGAAUAACACGUCCCAUAGAUAGAUAGGCUAGAAAUGUUUUAACAAUAAAAUCUAUUUUUUUAAAGCUUGCAUUCAAUUGCCCCUCCCUUUUGCACACAACAAGCUUCCAUUCCUCCUGUCACAAGAUUUAAGAGGAAAACGUCAACCCAGUUAGUUUAAUGGCACUUUAUUGGCACUUACUGAAGUUUUUUUUUUUUUUAUGUAACCCCUUGAGAUGGGAAAGCAUGUUUUUUAUUAAGUUGAACAUGUGCAGUUUAUGAGAGAAUGUUAAAAUUAGAUUAAAUUAAUAGAUAUUUUUUUAAUGACUACCUAAACUGUACUAUAUUCGUGGAACAACUCUUCUAUCCUCCAUUACAAGCCAACCCAGUCACAGUCAUGCCAGUAUAGAGGGUUUAAUAAAGAUAAGUGUAAAAAUAUACUGUGGAUGUGGCUAAAUAUGGAAAAGCUUUUCGAUAUAUCAGCCAAUAGAAUAUUAACACACAAAAAAUACUUAAAUGUAGUGCAUCCUUUACCGACAAUUUUGCUCCAUACUUAAGUAUCAGAAACAUUAUUGAUAUUAACAUUGUCAUGGCACAUGUUUACAUAAUAUGAAAUACCAAAGAAACAUUGUGUGAAGUUAUUGGGGAAAUGUCUCAGUUACAACUAGUACUCUGGCGAUGGGGGUGAACUUGCCAGCCCACCUGGUGGUAAUCAAGUCCACCAUGCACUACAUCGGGGGCGCCUGUGAGGAGUACAGCGAGGCCGACAUGUUGCAGAUGAUUGGCCGAGCAGGCCGGCCACAGGUACGGAGUACAGACAAACCCUCUAGUAGCUCCAAACUCCCAGCAUGCUUAGCACCUCAGUGUACAGUACAAGUGCCCAGUCUGAAAACAACCCCAUAGCCUUAUUGCACCUUUUCAGUUGGUUUGUUGAACUGUUUGCGAACCGUUCCCAAAAAACAUAACCUCUAUCUACAGUUUUGCCUUUGAUAUCUCCUCUGUAGUUUGAUACAUCAGCGACCGCAGUGAUCAUGACCAAGACUCAAACCAAAGACAAGUACAUGCAGUUCAUGAAUGGAGCAGAAAUCAUCGAGAGCAGGUAUGGGGACAUUACAUUUUCCAAGACCACCAAAACCUCAUUCGACUUCAUUUAGUGUUACAUGAAUUGAUAUGAUACUUGUGAAGAUGAUGAGGAUGAUGACGUCCUAUUGUUUGACCACUCAGCCUGCAUAGCCACCUGGUGGAGCACCUGAACGCUGAGAUUGUCCUCCACACCAUCUCAGACGUCAACAUGGCCCUGGACUGGAUCCGUUCCAGCUUCCUCUACAUCCGAGCUCUGAAGAACCCCAAACACUAUGGUCAGGGGAGGAGAGACACUGGACAGACCCCGGUCUCUGUUAGCAUUAGCCAGCAAAUGUACAGCAUGGAUACAGCAUUAAGCAUGGAUGCUAGUCUAUUACAGUACAGUUAUUAGCCUGUGCUUACAUCUCACAACAUAGUGUCAACAGUUGCUCAAAAGACAUGAGGACAUAUAUGAGGAGAAAACAACUUACUGUCCGUGCGUUUUAUUGCAGGUUUUUCCAUUGACUUGGACCGAUGUGGAAUCGAAGCCAAAUUGCAAGGUGUGGCAUUCCUGUUUUUUUUCUUUGUUAUAUGGACUUCAUAUCUGAAAACACAGAAUAUCUCCAUCAUGAUAGCAUUUGUGUGACUGAGGAAUCUCUCUCCCCAUCCUGCUCCAGAGCUCUGUCUGAAGAACUUGAAUUCCCUAGCCUCCAUUGGUCUGAUCUCCAUGGAUGAGGAUGUCAACAUCAAAGCUACAGGUUGAGAGAGGCUGACAAUUUUGGUUCAAGUGGCUACUAUAGCCUUUUACUGUUUGUUUCAUUGUUUAUCAUCAGAAGUGUAAAACAACUUACAAACCCUGUACAUGUUUAGUGUUAUUCAAUAAUACAGAUGGAUAUCUCCUUAAUCUCUCGUGGACAGACUACGUAAACAUAAAUGGUACCGUAGACCUGUCAUGAUCGAGCUGCAUUAGUUCCGGGGCUUGGAUUUUUCAUCACUGGUUAUUUGGACAAAUCACGAUUUCGCAAGUGUUAGCAUCUUUCAAAUUUCGGAAGGGGACAUUUGGCCCAUAGACUUACCCGUAACUUGCAUGUGCUUUCCAGCAUCCCAAAGCCAUUAAACUGAAGUCUGUUCUUUUCUUGACAUGUGUAAUUGUGUUCAUACCCUACAGAGGCCGGCAGGCUGAUGGCAAGGUACUGUGUUGCGUUUGACACCAUGAAGCAGUUCAGCAAGGUGGCUGGCACUGAGACCUUACCUGAGCUGGUAGGUAUACAGUAAUACAGGAACACUGUAGCAUCUCUCAUAUGCACAUACACUCUUUAUAUUGAGUUUCUGGAUUGUGUUGUUGGUUACAUAGGAAAUUCGAAUAGAUGAGUUGAGUAGAUUCUGUAUUCCACACAGAUAGAAUUGAUGGCGAAGGGCAGAGAGUUCACUGAUGUACAGCUGAGAGUGAACGAGAAGAGAACCCUGAACACAUUGAACAAGGACAAGAACAGGAUCACUAUCAGGUUAGAGUGGAAUUCAAUCAAUUAUACGUAAGAAUUCAAAUAAAAUGCCCUGAAAGUAAUGUAAAUGCUGAUAUCUGGGCUUUUGUUUAUCCAGGUAUCCCAUGGAGGGAAAGAUCAAAAACAAAGAGAUGAAGGUGAACUGGUAAGGAAGCAGAGACACCUACAGUGUACCAGCAUGAGAAAAUGGAGGAUGACAUUGGAGAAGGCCAUGUAUUCUCUUUGGGUGAAUCUCAAAAGUCUUUCCUUGAACCUUGGGUCUUUUCCUCCCUUGCGUUUUGAGGUUGAGACGAGGAAUUAGGCACAUGAGGAAUGAAGGAAAGACCUUUGAGAUUCACCCCUUCUGUCUCUCUACCGGUCUUCCCCCUCAGCUUGAUUCAGGCCCAGUUUGGCUCCAUUCCAAUCCAGGAGUUUGGACUUGCACAGGACACAGGGAGAAUCUUCAGAAAUGGAGUCCGACUCAGCAGAUGUAAGUCAUCAAUGACUUCACAUUUUAACAGUAGAAGAUGAAUAGCAGUGAGCCUCAUUUGAUAGACAACCUUCGCUCGAAAAACACUCUUCAGUAAGAUAUUGUCUAUGUGUUUUAGGCUUGGCAGAGUUCCUAAACCAACGCUCCAAGACAGGCUUCUCUGCUCUACUCAACUCCCUGAUACUGGCCAAGUGCUUCAGGGCCAAGCUGUGGGAGAACUCUCCUUACGUCUCAAAGCAGCUGGAGAAAAUAGGUAAGGAGACAUAGAAUACUGUCAAUGAAUACAGAACCUGUACGCAAAAUACUGUCAAUGCAUGUAGAACAUAAGUAGGUUAUCCUACUGUUGCUAUGUUCAGAGAGGACAGGAGGUUGGGGAGGACGGGCUCGUGGUAAUGGCCGGCGCGGAAUAAUGGAAUGGUAUCAAAUACAGCAAACACAUGGUUUCCAGGCGUUUGAUGCCAUUCCAUUCGCUCCGAUCCAGCCAUUAUUGUGAGCCGUCCUCCCCUCACCAGCCUCCACUGUCAGAGACCCUUUUUAAAGAAACGGCGUGGCUGCGGAUCCGACUUCUGCGCAUUUGUAUAUUCACUACUUUACGCAUAAAGAACAGGCUACUCAGGCGAAUGGUGCUACUUUGAAGCAACACUGUAUAUCUCAAGAAGAUCUAAAUGCAUAUCCCCAUGAAACUGAUUGAGAUCAAAUGGUUGGUAUGCAGAUGCCGGAUCCGCAGCCACGUCCUUUUAGAAAUCGAUUGACCAACUGAUUUAUUUAAAUGAAAGUAAUGAAAUUGCUGUAACCAUCGAAAUAUAAUGACUCUAUGAUGACACUGAGAUUGAAAUGAUAAAAACUGAGAUUGAAAUGAUAAAUGAGAUUCUAUUUAUAAUAUCAUUAUAUAUGGCUGUAACAACACAGUUAACUCUAUCUGAUCCAGGGUUGACUCUGUCGACGGCCAUGGUGAACGCUGGGCUCACCACCUUCAACAAGAUAGAGCAGACCAAUGCCAGGGAACUGGAGCUGGUGAGCAUAGCAUCAACUGAGACUGUAACUCCAAAAUCAUUAAACACCACUGUUGUCUCAAUAUCUCCAAAUGGUUUAUUGACAUUUCCACUGUGACAAACAUGCAGCAUCAUGGCUUUCAAUCAAAUCAGUCAGUUAAAUGUUUUGCAUAAAGCCCUUUUUACAUCAACAGUUGUCACAAUGUGAUUUCACAUACAAUAAAAGCAAAUAUUUGUUGUCCGUUUAUGUUUUCUAGAUCGUCAACAGACAUCCUCCAUUUGGAAACCAAAUCAGAGACGCUGUCAUCAAUCUACCCAAGUAUGAAGUUAGUUUGGAGCAGGUAAAAAGCUUUGCUUUGGUUGAAUUGUAGUUUGAACGGAAAUGGUCAUCAAGAUGAAUCAUUACAGCAAUAUUUGGUAGCAGGACGUAGCAGAAUAUUUUCCAUACAUUUAACAUCACUGUAUCUUUCAAUUACUGAUCAAAUAAUACAUCUCCCCAACAAGCUUUAAUUUUGUGUUUAUUUUUCACGUUUUAGCUUCCAAGAUACAACGUCGCCACCGCAGAGAUUGUCGUGACCGUGAAUGUGAAAAACCACGAUCAGCUGCUGUCAAAGAGAACCACUCAUGACCACCACUAUGUCACAAUGAUCAUCGGGGACUGUGACAACAACGUGGUCUUCCUGCAAAAACUCACGUAAGAUUAGAGUGGCGCAGUGGUCUAAGGCACUGCAUCACAGUGCUAGCUGUGCCACUAGAGAUCCUGGUUCGAAUCCAGGCUCUGUUGUAGCCGGCCGCGACCGGGAGACCCAUGGGGCGGCGCACAAUUGGCCCAGCGUCGUCCAGGGUAGGGGAGGGAAUGGCCGGCAGGGAUGUAGCUCAGUUGGUAGAGCAUGGUGUUUGCAAAGCCAGGGUUGUGGGUUCAAUUCCCACGGGGGGGCCAGUAUGAAAAAAAUAAAAUAAUGUAUGCACUAACUGUAAGUCGCUCUGGAUAAGAGCGUCUGCUAAAUGACUAAAAUGUAAAUGUAAUUAGGACCGACAUUUCCAGAAAUGUCGUCACACACAGACACAACCUGAUACACACAUGGAGACACACUUUACAUACAGCUUGUAGGUAGAGGCAGAACAUAUUCAAAGUGUAUUAUAAGACAUUUUACCUGCUUAUAACAAGUUAUAAAGCAUUUUACCUGCAGGCUUUUUUGUAAAGUGUUACCGUCAUACACUCAUACAAAGAAAACAGUGAAGGAAAGAGAGCAAAAGAGAGGGAGAACAAGAAAGGGAAAGAAAUAUGUCAGGGAGAGCGACUGUAUUGUGUGUUUAUCCAGAGACUUGAUGCUGUUGAAGUCAGGAAGCUGGUCAAAGAAGAUCGAAGUGGCGAAAGCCUUCAAAGGAGAGGAGAUCAGCGUGAAUCUAAUCAGCUCAGAAUACGGUCAGGCAGCUAUCAGGAUUUCAUUGUUCAAAAUACAUUUGUACGAACUACAUAAAACUUCUAAAAGGCAGUUGUUUCAGUGAUAAUUGUGAAAAGUAAGAAUAUGCACCUCAUUCUAUUAACUAUAUUGAGAUCUUCCUCUCUGCAGUGGGGUUGGACAUUCAGCAGAAGUUUAGUGCCUUCUACUCUGGACCAAAGAGGUACGGAGGUGAAUCACUCACACCUGAGCAACAUAACACAAUGCAAAUAGCACAGGCUAAUGCUCAGAGAUCACAGGGUGCAACACAGAGAAUACAGCCAACAGGUCAGCAAACACAGGCUACGGCACAGAAGAGAAACUCCACAUCCACAGAAAAGGGUAGGCUGAUUUUACACCAAACAUUAGAAUGCUUUGAGCUAUUACUAAGUUGUACUUGCAGACUCACAGGACUGUUUUUGUUGUUGUUUUUUAACUACAUUUGCUAUAUCUUUUUUUUUCUUCUGAAAUUCAGGUUCCUCACAACCAGAUCUAGGCAAAAGACAAUGUAACCACUUCUGCAAAAACAAGGAUCAGUGUGGCCACGACUGCUGUGAGUCAAGUUUUAAGUCCUCAAAAACUCAUUUCCAUUGCUCAAUUGACACUUAGAAUAAUUCAAAUGUUUGAUUAAAGUAUUCAUACCUUGACUUAUUUCACAUUUUGUUGUGUUACAGCCUGAAUUCAAAAUGGAUUACAUCGUUUUUUUCUCACCCAUCUACACACAAUACCCCAUAAUGACAAAGUGAAAACAUGUUUUUUGAGAUUUUUGCAAAUGUAUUGAAAAUGAAAUAAAUAAAUAUCUAAUUUACAUAAGUAUUCACACCCCUUAGUCAAUACAUGUUAGAAUCACCUUCGGCAGCGAUUACAGCUGUGUGUCUUUCUGGGUAAGUCUCUAAGAGCUUUUCACACCUGGAUUGUACAAUAUUUGCCCAUUUAUUAUUUUCAAAAUUCUUCAAGCUCUGUGAAAUUGGUUGUUGAUCAUUGCUAGAGAACCAUUUUCAUGUCUUGCCAUAGAUUUUCAACUUGCCCACUCAGGAACAUUCACUGUCUUCUUGGUAAGCAACUCCAGUGUAUAUUUGGCCUUGUGUUUUAGGUUAUUGUCCUGCUGAAAGGUAAAUUAAUCUCCCAGUGUCUGAUGGAAGGCAGGCUGAACCAGGUUUUCCUCUAGGAUUUUGCCUGUGCUUAGUUAGCUCCAUUCCGUUUAUUUUUUAUCCUGAAAAACUCCCCAUCCUUAACGAUUACAAGCAUACCCAUAACAUGAUGCAGCAACCACUAUGCUUGAAAAUAUGGAGAGAGGUACUCAGUAAUGUGUUGUAUUGGAUUUGCCCCAAACCUAACACUUUAGUUAAUUGCUUUGCCACAUUUUUUGCAGUAUUACUUUAGUGCUUUGUUGCAAACAUGAUGCAUGUUUUGGAAUAUGUGUAUUCUGUACAGGCUUCCUUCUUUUCCCUCUGUCAAUUAGGUUAGUAUUAUGGAGUAACUACAAUGUUGUUGAUCCAUCCUCAGUUUUCUCCUCUCACAGCCAUUAAUUAAACUCUGUAACUGUUUUAAAGUCACCAUUGGCCUCAUGGUGAAAUACCUGAGUGGUUUCCUUCCUCUCCGGCAACUGAGUUAGGAAGGACACCUGUAUCUUUGUAGUGACUGGGUGUAUUGUUACACCAUCCAAAGUGUAAUUAAUAACUUCACCAUGCUCAAAGGGAUAUUCUUUGUCUGCUUUUUUUAUUAUUACCCAUCUACCAAUAGGUGCCCUUCUUUGCGAGGCAUCGGAAAACCUUCCUGGUCUUAGUGGUUGAAUCUGUGUUUGAAAUCCACUGCUCGACUGAGGGACCUUACAGAUAAUUGUAUGUGUGUGGUACAGAGAUGAGGUAGUCAUUAAAAAAUAAUGUUAAACACUUAUUGCACACAGAGUGAGUCUAAAGAACUUAUUAUGUGACUAGUUAAGCACAUUUUUACUCCUGAACUUAUUUAGGCUUGCCGUAACAAAGGGGUUUAAUACUUAUUGACUUUCAACAUUUCUAAAAACAUAGUCAUUCCACUUUGAUAUUACGGGGUAUUGUGUGUAGGCCAGUGACAAAAAAUUUAAAAUGUAUAAAACAUUUAUUCAGGUUGUAACACAACAAAAUGUAGAAAAGGUCAAGGGGUGUAAAUACUUCCUGAAGGCACUGUAUUUUCAUAUCCUCCUAUAUAUGAUUCCCAGGUCAAAAUGGAGUGACGGUGGUUCUGAAGAGGCCGAUGAAUCAGCAUUCGAGUUUCUCCUCCUAUCUCCAAGACCUGAAGACCAGGAGUGACACACUGACGGAUACACCAGUCAAACGCCUCAAGGUGAGAGAACAAUUUAACAGAAUCACGCAAGACUCAUUCAUACUUUUGACAUAAAUCAUGCAUUGAAAUCAAAGGCGAGUGACACGUUUCAGCAUUCUUUUUUGAUUUAGAAUCAACUAACUGAAAAAUGAACUUUUCAGCUGUAGGUUUUACCUGAAUUUGUGUUUGGUCUGCCUGUUGCUGGUUCCUUUAGAUGAGAAAGAGUGGUGGGACUGGGGCUGCGAACAUUCAGCAGUUCUCUUAUACGCCUCAGCCCAUCUUACCACCCGCUUGCAGGUACGUACACUCCUUUCUCAUAUCCAAAACAUACAGUUCAUCAGGUUGGAGUUAAUUGAUUACUAAUGCAAACUGUAUCUGACACAGUCGUCAUCUUCUCGUAACUUUUUUUGAAGGUAUGUAGGUAAUCGUUAUGGCGCUUCAGCAAUACAACAGAGUGUGGAAUCAGCUGAGGACUUUGCAACGCCCCAAGAGAUGGCAUAUCUUGAGAACUAUGGCCAUGGUAUGUUUAGUAUCGGAAUGCUUCUAGAGCAGAGAUGGGCAACUUUGAUGGGGUGGGGGCCACAAAAAAUCUGAACUCAUCAUGAGGGGCAGCAGUGGCUCUUGGGUCUGUGUACCCAUCACAUCCAUACCCACACAUGCAGUCAGAGCCGGCCCUAGACUUUUGGGGUCCCAAGCAAAAUCUUGUUGUGGGGUCCCUCCACACCUUGCGAGCAAAACAUUUUAGUGGCCCCCUUCUUGACAUUGGAGAUGAGAAAUUUAAGUUAUAGAGUUAAUUUCCUGCUAUUCUACGCAUUUUUCCAUGGGGUGGAGAGAAAUGUUUGGAAUUUUAAAAAACUGCUCUGGUGGACAUUCCUGCAGUCAGCAUGCCAAUUGCACGCUCCCUCAAAACUUGAGACAUCUGUUGCAUUGUGUUGUGUGACAAAACUGCACAUUUUAGAGUGGCCUUUUUUCUGUCCCCAGCGCAAGUUGUACCUUUGUAAUGAUCAUGCUGUUUAAUCAGCUUCUUGAUAUGCCACAUCUGUCAGGUGGAUGGAUUAUCUUGGCAAAGGAGAAAUGCUCACUAACAGGGACGUAAACACAUUUGUGCGUAUAUGGAACAUUUCUGGGAUCUUUUAAUUCAGCUCAUGAAACAUUUUUGCUUUCAGUGACAUUACAAAAGAAAAGCUGCUGAUGCACAACCACAUUUCGAAAAUUGCACCUUGUGUAUUCUAGUAUUCUAACUCUCAACAUAUUUCUUCUUGUUCUUAUAAUUAUAAUUAUUCAUUUUUGGAGGGAAAUUGAUUGACAAAAGAGGGGCCAUGCGGCCUGCGGGCCACCAGUUGCCCAUCCCUGUUAGAGGCUCGUAACUCCAUUCACCUUCUAUACAGCAGUGUGGAAAAGUAAUGGUAGUUAAUGGACACUUAAGAGGAGUAACUGAUUUCUCUCUACAGAGUAUAAUGACUACCUGGAAGACAUAUAUCAGACAAUGGGAGAAGUGGAACCACCACCUAUUCAAACCCCUACAGAGUCACAAAGUAGGACUUCUCAGUUACCAAAACUAUGUCAUAGUGUUUUUUUUGUUUUUACUAUCAUAUCUCACGAUUCCAAGUCAUUUACACAGAUUAUUUUUGAGUAGACUACUUACUUCAAACACUGCAAACAGACAUUAAUAUUAUAUCAACAUCUCAUCUCUCAACAUUAAUCAACAUCUAUGUUUUCAGGUCCUUCAAUGUGGAGGAAACCCAGUGCCUACAAUGGAGGGUCGUUCAGCCACAGCACCCCCCAAAGCCAGGGCAGGGGUUACCCCCAAAGUCAUGUUCCCUCUCAAAACCAGUGUCGGGGUUACCCUCAGAGUCACAGCAUCCCCCAAAGCCAGAGCAGGAGUUACUCUCCGAGUCCCAUUGUAGACUUGACCGAUGACAGCAGCUUCAUUUCAUCGUCACACACCCCCAGCGUGACCUUUGACCUGGGAGACGAGACCUUUGACCUGGGAGACGAAUGGGACGACUGGGAUGAUUUUGACGACGACAACUUGGUGCACGCCAGCGAGACAUCAUGCACCACUGUAGCUAAAACUCAGUGGGUGGACCGUGACAGGCUGAAAGGUAUUCUACUACAGAACUUCCAGGGUUGGUGUCAAUUCCAUUUAAAUUCAGUCAAUUCAGGAAGUAAACUGUCAUUCUAAUUCUUCCUCAUUGAAAAUAAUUAAGUUCACUUUACUUCCAAACUGACUGAAUUGAAAUGGAAUUGACCCCAACCCUCUGUUCAUCAAUUACAGUUUGAUUGGUAAUGCUGAUCUGAUCUCCAAUUAAUUAUGAAGUGAUAGACACAUUUGUGUUUUCAGAUCACUCAACACCACUACCAUCCACUUAUGUACAACCCAAACCCCGCUUCACUGUGUCCAGUGCCCCACUCAGGUGAGUUCAGCUUGUACCAAACUUCACCAUGUCACAAGAUGUCAAACCACUAUCAUUACACUGAAUUAAAUAUCUAUUAUCUUUGCCAACAGGCAAAAUUUGGCAUGGGACGUCAUAGUGAUGUUAUUUCCCGGUUGUAUGCCAACUAGUUUCUGGUUGUAGAGAUGUCAGCAAGUAGAAACUUGGUACUGUUGUACAGAUGUAGGAUCUUAAUUUGAGCCAGUUUGCUACAGCAGGAAAAAUAAUCCUGCAGCAACAGGAAAAGUGAAAUAUUAUGUGGAUUAUAAAUUGAUACAUUUUUCGUAAGGGGAAAUGAAGUCUGAAACUUCAAAGUGGAAAUUACAAACUUCAGAAGCCUUUUUAAUUCUGAAAUACACUACAAGUUUUACAUUUCCUAAAUUGCAGGAAAGUUCUCCUGCAAUUGGGCGAUCAAAUUAAGAUCCUACAUCUGUAAAUACUUGAUGUAAGUCGCUCUGGAUAAGCACGUCUACUAAAUGACUAAAAUGUAAAUGUAAUAAAUGUGUCCCAAACCAAUUGAUUAUCAAUGUAAAAUUAAAUGUUUGAUUUGUGUGUCUCAGUUCAACCUCCCCAGUUGUUCCUCAGAUAGCAGCUACUAGUCUCCCAGUCAGACUACACAACCUCCAGGCUUCUGCUCUCUGGAGCCACUCUAACAACAAGGCCACAGUGAGUUACUAACUACCCAUAGCAACUCAGUUGACUUUAUCUCAAUGCUGAAUCUGACGUCAAAAUUAAACUGACGACAGACAAAGCCAAGGCUUCUGUUAUGAUAUAGAAUAAAAAAUAUGUUUAAAAAAAAACACAAAUCACAUGAUUUUAAAUGUUUUAGCCCAUUUGUUUCCAAACACAUUUGAAAAGUAAUAUUUUUCCCUCUGCAGAGGGCAUUCAGUGAACCCUCUGUGAAAGCACCCUCCUUCCCAAAACAGACUGACACAAGCAUGGCUCUGCUGGGAGGACAGUUUGAGUUCUUCUCAAAGACGACUACCCCAAACAAUGACAAUGUGACUGGCAAAAGGUAAGGAGGAACUAUAGAGAAAUAAUACUUAAUUUCCUUUACUUUUUAUCCAUACAACUUGUAAUCAGAUUAUGCAUUAACUUGAUAUCAUUGAUAGAUAGCAUGAUUCCUCAUCAUUGCAGGCUCCAGGGAGAGGACAACAGCAAGGAAGUGGAGGCAUUCAUGGGUAUAUUUGCUGGACUAUUUUAG